AUGAUCGCGUGCGUGAAUCAAAAGUUGCUGGGCCGCCUUCACCAAGUACAAAGAAUCACACGACGAUUGAAGAAAGAAAGAAGGUUUCUCAUGAAGACUUUAGAUGCUCAUGGGGAUGAUUACAGAAAUGCACAGCUCACGAUAUUGCUUGAGGAUGAGUCUGGUGCACAUUUAGAUCCUGCUGCUGGAGUGGAGGAUGACCGUCUCAACGGUCUGUCUGGCUCCACGGCAUCUGCAGCAUUACAUCAGGCUGCUGGACCGAAGAAGAGGAGGCACCGAAUUCCAAGGCAAGAGAAAGACAAAGACCCACAGACUGAACCAGACAUGUCAGUGUUGGCAGACUCACAAUUUGGAGACAUGCCCAGCCCAACCUCCCUGUCUCACUGAUCAUCUGAUGGCUGCACUGCCCUGGAUUUGAUGAUGUCGGAGGAGCACCCAUCUUGUUUAGUUGUUCAGUAGAUAACGGCAGCUCUCACUGUACAGCCAGGUUUUUCACUGUUUGUAGUUUUACUUGAAUAUUGUGAACAGACUUAAGUUCAUAUAAAUUCAAAUGAAAUGUUAGUUACCUGGUGCAUACAUUACAUAUAUUUGUACAUAUUAUUUUCUGCUUUCAUGUUUUGUACCGAGAUUUGAUGAUUUAAUUAUGACUAAUGGCAAGCCUUGUUUGGUAAAAAUCUGGCAACACAGACAAUUAAAGUAGGGCGGGAAAACUAAUGGUGUUCAUAAUACAUUCCUGGAUAUUACCGAUCAUUUCAUGCAUAAAUUUAUCUCAGUGAGCAGAGUCAUCAUCAGUGUCAAAGAAAACAAAAACUUCAUUUUG